AAGAUUCCAAAGAAGCUACGAACCCGUAUUCCCAAACCGUUGCUGGUGCCGUACAUAGUAAGGAUAUUUCCCUCCGCUUGUGCUUGGCGGGCGCUGGCAUUUAACGGCGAAAGCUAUAGCUGGGUGCGAGAUCUCUGCAAUGGAGAGCUGUCACAAGAUCAGCCCCGAAGAGGUCAUUGCGAAGCUGAAGGACGACGGCGACUUCGACAGGCUCCGCCUCCAAAUUGUCCGAAAGCUCAAAGAUAACGAAGACAUGCGUAAUACGAUUGUUUCUAUGGUAAAGCAAUCGGAAGCUCUCAAUCGGCCAGGUGCGGGAAGUAUGAAGCCCAGACAACUUUCUGAUGCCAUUUAUGGUGAGAUUGGGGAUGAAGUGAUGGGCAAGAUAUCUGCUGGCUUGUGGGAAAUAAUCAGGUCAGCUGAUGGCAUGAAAAGCGAAAUUACAGAAACAGUACAAUCUGUCUACAAUAAAUUAUUGAAUCCAAAAGGGAAAGAAGAGGCAUCUUCCUCUCCGCAAUAUCCAAUGAUAGUGCAGGAGGUUGACAGUAAUGGCCCUGUUGCAGUUUCUACCACUGAAAUUGACGAGUCAUUGUCUGAUAAUGAACCAAAAGAACCACCAGGUUUUUCUCUUACUGAGCAAAAUGAGAACCACCACGAUGAGCAACACAAGGAGGAGCUGCACCUAUCCUUGCAUAAUGAAGGAGGGCUCAUCAAUGAACAGAAGAAACAGCCUUGCCACUCAGAGGAUGCAUCGAAGCUUGGUGAUGCUGAUGCUGGUGGACCCCCUGGAUUUUCUGCUGUGUUGGAGCAGCAGCCAUGUGAUGUUAAUGAUGAGGACCCUGAUGUACCUCCAGGGUUUGGUUAACAAGUUAUCAAGCAAUUUGGUUAGGCAUUAUGAAACCAUAUUUUAGAAGUUUCGCCAAGGAGUAGUGCCACACCAGAACAUUUCCUUGUUCAUCAUUGAAGCUCAAUCUUAAUUUUGGCAAUAUGCAAAGGAUUCCAAUGUCCACCCAAGAAGUCAGAAUAGAGAGGUCAGAUGCUUUAAGCGUGUGUUAUUGAAGUCCCUAGUAACCGCUGGUCAUUAUUAUUUAGUCAGAGCUUUUGUUAUGAUGAGAUUGAUAAGAGGCUAUUGUGCAAUGGGUACAAUUUCUUCCUUUUCUUCAUGUGAUAAAACAGUCUAGUAAAAUGCAUUUUAAAGUAUAAAGAACUUUACACCC